CCUGAACCCUGAUGUGCAAUUUAUUUUGGACUUGAUUCGAUUUACGGAAUUCCCCAGCGGAAAAAUUCUGAAAGAGACAUAGAUGUCUUCAUCAAACGGCACCUAUUUUCGUGCUUUGACAAUAUUCUAGACAGUCACUUGUAAGUCCCAUUGUCAAUUCUAAGUAUUUUCAUUGUUGUUAAUAAUACUUAUAAUUGUUCUUAAAUAAGCGGGGAGAUGGUAUCAAGGGCCUCUCGAGAUCGUCGAGCUGGAGCAAUGGAUGCCCCAGAAACAGCAGAAGGCUACCAUUUGGACUGGAUGUUUACGAAGCAUGAUCUAGCAAAAGAUUUACCGUAUGGUCGCGAAUUUUCACUUUGCGAGCGCACUGGCUCUAGAAUUGAAAACGAAAGAAAGAUCCUUUCGAAUACCUUAAAGGCUCAGAAGACGUUAAGGGACAUGCAUAGAACUCUGGUUGAAGCUAUAUCAGUUGAAGUUGUUUAUAUAGGAGAUGGAUUUUAUUCAUCAGUAAUUUUGGCGGACUUUGAUAUUCCAUCGACAUAUUCGGAACUUGGGUCUAUCAUUAAGGUUUCGCGCAUUAUGCUUCAGGUUAAGAAAUUGUUGAAUCUUACAGUUUGCCGUUUCAAGCUUAUGAAGGAAAGGGCUUUUAAGGAAAAAUUCGCUAGUGGAAAAGUGUUAAUGAAUGCCCAGUCACAGGAGUACCGAUCACCACAGAAAACAAAAAAGAAAAAAUAAGAUUAUCGUAGUUCAUUAGUUGGGAUAUAGUAAACAUAUUAGCACUUGAAUAUGAUGUAUUUACAGACAAAGCUCAUCUGAUUUAUAAUGUGAUAGUUCUUAAAUGCACUUUGCAGUUUGCAUACACAAGUUGAAGGGAAAACUUGGUUUGUUGUUUUUUUUAAUGAUUGACAAAGCGCCAAAACGUCUUCUCAUCACUUGUACA